AUGUCAGAAGGUCAGAAUGCUGAAAUCACUCUCAGCGACCCAACGCUGGGGCUUAGGCAGGUGGGGCUUUCUCCGGAGUUCCUGCAGAGUCCAGUCCUUGUGUCCUCCAGCACCGGUGCUGGAGCUCUGCCUCCAUGUGCCACGUCACUGCGUCUCUGUGCCCGGUAUUCACACUGCCUUGCCAUCUUCUGCCAUGUGCUCUUGUUUCCCAUCACCUGGGAAAGCUACAAAUUUACCUCUGAUGCUCGCUUUGCCCACAUCCUUCAAGAUGUAGUUCUCAUUGGAAUGUUCACUUCUAAAUGCUUUGCUUCUCGAUUGUUUGCUUUUCUUUUAUCUACAUCAUUUGAUUCAAAAGGAAGUAAGCCCCAGUCUACUACUUAUGAGUCUCUUGCGGUUGUUCCUGAGAAGAGAGCAAGGAGAAUGAGAGGCCUGAUGAAAAGUAGAUUGACGGAAGCUAAGGCAGUUUUCCAGGAUAAGAGCUCUCAGGCCUCCAGGACAGUUGCAUCAGAUGCUGCCUCAGGAUUGCAGUUCUGUAGGAAGAAGGGACCGAAGAGGACCAUAUGGAGUGUCAACUGUACAGAGGGAACUAAAGUAUGGAUGUAUAAAAAAAGAAGAUCAAGCUACCGACCUGAAGACCUAGAAGCCUUCUUUCGUCUAUUGGAGGAUCCAGUUAUCCAGAGCUUUUUGGCAGCUGAUAAGUCCCUAAAAGUCUCUGACAAGUACCUCCUUUCCAUGGUGGUGGAGUACUUCGGCCGAGUUGGGCUGCCUGGGCACAUGUACAACAGGAUCCACUUCUUCCUUGCCCUUUACAUCGCAUGUGACAUGGAAGAAUCUGACCCGAUUACAAAGGUGACCAUCAUCCAGUGUUUGCUGGGCAAGGAACACUGGAAAGGCUUGUGCAAAGAAUUUCUUAAGUUGAAGACAGAGUUCUUUAAGGCACUGGAAUACCGAGCUUGGGUCAAGCCUGAUUUGUGUGAGGAGAUCCAGAACCAGAAUCCACAACACUGGGUCUGGAGCCGGGUGCGUGAGGGCACCCACUAG